AUGAUGGUACGACGUGUGGUUUAUUUUCUUGUUUUCCUUCUGAACAUUAUCUGUGUGUGUGGGGCGACUGGUGUUUAUGGUUCACCUCCACCAGCAGCACCAGCGCCAGCAGAAGUUGAAGCACUCCGUCAAGCUGAUGAUUCUCGUGAUCAAAGCCUUACUAAAGGUCUAUCUACGAACCAGGAGGAUUCCCCUGAAGGUAUCAAUCAAUGUCCAAAUAAAGAGAAGGGUUGUGAAAGUAGUGAGAAACUCGCUAAUGAAAACACAUUGCAGGAACAAAAGCCAUUAUCAGGUUUGCUUCCGAACGAAAAAGGCCAUGGUGACAGUCUUAAUGUGUUGAUAGAAGAGGAGGGUGGUUCAAGAUCACAUGGGGAGCAAAAAGUUCAGAGUUUAGAAUCAGUUAAGAAUCUUGAGAAUAGUAAUCCUGCACGAAACUCCUCUAAUGAAGGGAAAGACCAAUUAACUAUUCCUGCACCUCAACCUGCUCUCGUAGAUCGUACGGAUCACGGAGGUCAACACCCAGAACGUACUGAAAUUGAAGCUGAGCACCAAAGGACCACUGAUGGACAAACAGAAGAUCAAAAGAAACAACAAGCAGCUGCUAAGGAGAGCCUAUCACAAUCACCCAGCAAAAGCAGAACUGAUGAAUCUCCUUCUUCGCAAGUUCCUCUUUCUACACAAGAAACAAAUAAGCAAGGAGUCGCAGAGGAAUCUCAACCACAACACGUUUCUCCUGAGCAACAAAUCCCUCAGACCACACAAACAACAGACUCCGAAACCACUGAAGGACAAGGCGCUUCUGCACCCACAACUACGAAUACAGGUAACGUUUCUCCCAGCAGUUCUUCCACAGAAGAUACC